UGGCUGACUUGCUGUGCCUGGCAGUCACUCUCGUAUCAUCCGUGAUCCAACUUGGAAAAACACCAUGGCUGGUACAGCCAUGGAACCGGCAUAAUAUUUGUCUUUCUACGUCUCAAGGGCGAUAGGAACUCGCCGAUAGAUGCCAAGCACCCUUACUUGGCGUACAAGUACAAAACCGGCUCAGGCGGGGCCUCCGCCCCAAACUUCCGACAGCUCCGUGAUAUUCUCCAGCCGUCAAAGGAUGCUUUCCCUGGGCAUCAUGCUCCUGGAGAUUCAUUGCGGAAGACCAUUAGAGAGCCUGACGAAGCAAGCCGAUUUGGGUCGCGACGGCUUACCAAACGAAGAAACAAGCUAUACCACUGCAUCGAGGGUACUUGAAGAGCGAGGCAACGAUGGCCAAGUAUCUCCUGGCUUUAAAAGAGCCAUAGAGUACUGUCUUCACUUUUCAAGGCAGCCAGAUGCGUCCUUUGAAAAUUCGGAUUUCGUGCGGUCGAUAGAAGAACACGUAUUGGAGCCCUUGGAGCGUGAGAUGCAACACUUCCUAUUUGGGUGAGAUUGCUAGGUUGGUCUAGGGGUCAGUUGUUUCAUACAGAGCAUUGUUCCAUGGUGGGUAAAAUGUGAAAUUAGGUGCAUACAAGCCAGG